CCACAUGUAUGGCAAACUGAGGGAGAAGGCGAAGAAGCAGAGCCUCCGACUGAGCGGCAGACCUGCACACAGGACAUCAAUGCUGUUCUGAGAGAGAUGACCGCCUUGGUGGCUGCACUGAAGGUGGAGGUGCAGCACCUAGAGAAAGACAAUGAAGGGAAGACGACGGACCUGCAAUCCCUGAACCAACGAUACCAAGUACAAGAAACUCUGGUACAAAAGCUGCAGGAUCAGAACCAAGUACAAGAAACUCAAGUAAAAACGCUGCAGGAUCAGAUCCAAGCUGUGGCAGCAGAACUGGCUGGUAUUAGAGCCAACGCUGAAAACCAGGGAGAUAAUCUGAAGAGAGAUGGAGAAGUGAAGAUGAUGGAGCUGCAAUCCCUGAACCAACGAUACCAAGCACAGGAAUUUCAAGUAAAAGACCUGCAGGAACAGAUCCAAGCUCAGGCAGCAGAACUGGCUGCUGUUAAAGUCAACACUGAAAACCAAGUGGAGGCUCUGAAGAGAGAUGGACAAGUUCAGGCAGCAGAACUGGCUGCUGUUAAACUCAACACUGAAAACCAAGUGGAGGCUCUAAAGAGAGAAGGAGAAGCUCAGGCAGCAGAACUGGCUGCUGUUAAAGUCAAAGCCAACAUGACUGGAAACCAAGUGGAGGCUCUGAAGAUUCAAGGAGAAGCUCAUGCAGCAGAACUGGCUGCAAUCAAGGCCACCAUCAGUGAAAACCACGUGGAGACUGUGAAGAGAAACGGAGAAGUCAAACGCCUGGCUUUCUCUGUCUCUUUGUUGGCAUCGGAUUAUAGAACCAUUGGACCGUUCAACACCGAUAUAACUCUGAUCUUCAAACGUGUUGUUACUAAUAUUGGGAAUGCCUACAACCCAGACACAGGACUGUUCACUGCACCAGUAAGAGGAGUUUAUCACUUUGAGUUCCACAUAUAUGGACAUGGUUCUCCUAAUCCUACAUCUGCUGUGUUGGUCAAGAACGGAGAACAAAUCUGUACAUCAUAUACGUCUCAGCCUACUGGUGCUCAGAAAGCCUCUAAUGGCGUCUCACUGCUGUUAGAAAUUGGAAAUGUUGUAUAUUUAAGAAUGUGGGCCAAUUCAUGGGUUCAUGAUAAUCAAAAUCGUCACACCACCUUUAGUGGUCAUCUACUUUUCACCAUGUAGGCAGUUAACAUGAUUUUUAUUACAAUAAAGGUGACAGUAGCACCA